UUUUGGGCAUUAAAUUCCAAUUUCGCCCUUAAUUCUACAGAAAUUCGGGCAGCAUUUCCCCUGUAAAUAGGCUACCCCGAGAAUUUAACUCGCUCAAAAUCAACAACAACAACCACAAUAACCAACCUAGUAACAUUGACAACCAAUCCGAAAAGCAAAAUAAUAAUGGUAGCUCUCUUUUACGCCAUUCGACAACUUCCCAAUUAUUCAAUUCCAUGGCUUACUUUAAAGCCACAAUAUCGACGCUUAUACGCUCACAUACUAACCCGAACCCAUACCAAAAACAUUUCAAGACAUUCUAAGCAAUUUAUACAAUUUUUCCAACAAUCCAUAAAUUUUCCCAAGCUACCCAAAACAGCCCCUAACCGAGACAGCCCCCCUAACUUUUUCUUCAUUUCCAAAUCAUGGUUCGUAUCUACAAUUUACAUUCUAACAAUGCUAUUUUCAUCAAUACACAAUUUACAUUAAAUGUACAACAACUUCCAAAUCAGUCCGCAAUAUUUACAACAUCAAUUUGAGUCAAUAAACUUUCAUUUCCAACAUAGAAUUCAUGGCGACGACGGCUAAACAAUAAGCGAUACUAAUUCAAUUCUUGGCACAUAAGGUGACCCAUUGUCGGCUAACACUACACAUAUACAUAUAUGGAUGAUUCUCAAUUGUUCUUCACCUUACAAUGAUCAUAAUCAACUAACUAGGCAUUAAUUCAUAAUUUCAAUCACAACACAACAACACCCAUUUACACGGCUCAAGCUCCACAUACACAACUCACCUCCAACAUUUCAUAUUUCAUGAUUUUCCUCCAUUAUAACAUACUACAAGAUACAAACAACCUUUAUAACACAAAAGCAAGAUCAACUCUUACCUAUCCUCUUCAAUUCCACAAAAUGCUAGGGUUUCCAAUGGAUGAAAAAUAAUGGGUUGAUCGCUCCAACGAUGCUUCCACGCUACUUAGAGACCUCAAUAUAGUGGGUUUACAUCAAUGGAAUAAUUUUAGAGGAGCUAAAAAGAGGGGAUGAUUUUUGGCCUUCUUGUCCGUGAGCUUCAAUGGAGGGAGCUUCUUUCUCUUUUUUUUUUUUUUUUUUUGUUCAAGUGGAGAAUGAAGUAAAUGAAUUGUGGUCAUCUUUUUAUCACUUAAUGAAUUGCACAAUUGUCCCUUGGCCCACAUUAAAGAGUUGUUCCACUCAAAAGAUGACACAAAGUUGUGUGGGCACCACAUGGAAUUUGUGGAUGACUUUCCACUUCAAAUUUUAUCACCUUUGGUCCCAAAUUUUCCUAAUUGUUCCAUACCAAUAAAUUCAUGCACAACUUAUAUCUCAAAAUAAAAUCGAAGGUUAAGAAUCCCGACUUUGUAUCCCGAAAAAAUUUUGUCCUUAGCUUAUCAUAAAUAAAUCUGGAUUAUUCCACUGUACAAAAAUACGGGUUCUAACACUUUCACAGAAGAAGUAUAGUUGAGCUGUGUGCUCCGAAAGUCUGAUGUCUCUAUUCCAUUUUAAUCUCUAUUAACAGCUGGCUACAGCUUGGUGCUUUAGUAAUUCAUGGACUGAACUGCGAGUUUAAAACCAUAAGCCAUCACCUAGUUUUAUGAUAUAUAUAUAUAUGCAUCUCCAUUAUAAACAACUCUUCAAGCUCAUUUAACUUGCAAUCACCUAUACUUUUCCUGAAGAUGAAUGAGAAAAAGACAAAGAAGUUGUAUUCUUGGCCCAUAUGGGCUGAUCUUCCUGAAGAACUACUUGUUAAGAUCUGCGAGUGCCUAAACUACUCAUUUCAAGUUGGUCAUUUUCGUGCUGUUUGUACCGCUUGGAGAUCCGCAGUUCCACGUCCGCCUCAUAAAAGACUAUUCGUUGUCCCUAAAUACUACCGUAAGAAGCCUCGUAUUCUCGCUAGUAAAUACAUGAGAAGAUUCAUUUGCCGGCUUGAUCUUCAAGAACUUCCACCUUCCUCAUCAUCACCCACCAGUUAUUUGAUAGCCGUGGCGGAAGAAUAUUGUGGAGACGGCCAAAGCCAACUCCGCCUCUUGAACCCAAUCACUGGAAGUCCUAUUCCUAUAUCCUCAUUUCCGAGAGAGAUUAAUUUGAACAAACUUCGCGUCUCUGUACUGCAUAAUUCUUCCUUGAUUUUGCGUGCAGAUACAACUCCUCAUCGUACUUGUAAAGUUGUUUAUCUUUAUACUCUCCAGCGAUCCUCUAGCAGGAGACCAACUGCUUUUCUUAGGAAGAGUGGAGCAUUGUCUUUAUUUACAAGUAAUACAGGAAGGGAAGUUGUCUUAAAUGAUUUAACGGAUCGUCUUCUUAGAGACCAAAACCUGAACAAGCCUGUUUAUCAUGAUGUGGUGAACUACAAGGGGAAAUGGUUCGCUAUUGAUCAAUACGGGCGAGGGGUUAUGGUGGAUUCUUGUUUGAACGUGAGUCUAGUUACAAAUCCUCUGUUUCUCCAAAACAGUAAUGAUUUCUCUUGUAACCACAAGUCAUACUUGGUAAAAUCAUCACGGAAUGCAGAUCUAAUUCUAGUAGACCGAUACUUGGAUAAAUCAUGGGAGCAAACAAAUUAUGACGAACAACAUGCUGCAGCCUCUGAUGAUGAUACAAAGGAACCAGUUUAUGACAUGGCAGUUAGAUUCAGAGUGUAUAAACUUGAGGAAGAGAAGCAAUGUUGGAAGGAGGUUACAAGCCUGAACGACCAAGUCAUAUUUGUAGGAGACGAGGAAUCUUUUUGGUCCUACUGUGUCUCUGCUAAAGAUUUUCCAGGGAGUAGAGGAAAUUUGAUUUUCUUCACAGAUCCAUUCAGGAAAGCUGAGGAUGGAGAUCUUCAUGAUUUUUGGGAUGCGCUAAAACAUGAAAAAGAUUACUCACUUGGCGGAUUUCGCAUGGAGAAUGCAUUUCUUGGGCCAAUGGCAUGUUUCCCAGGUUACACUGAUUUUUUCUGGCCACCCCCUAGCUGGCUCAGCUGAGAUCUUCUCUCCAAUGCCAUGAUUAGAUACUACUCAUUGAUCCAUUAUAUGUGAUUAAUUGAAUCUUAAAAAGUGAGAAAUAUUUUGUAUGUGCAGAGCACUGGUUCUUCAGUAAAUUCUAGACAAAAGUUAUUCUAGUUGAAUUGAACAUUCACUACAUUUUCAUUAGUUUCAUAAUUAGCUCUGAGGUCUAAUGUGGCAAAGUAUAUGUACUGUUGAAUUUGUAAUUAGUUUUG